AUGGGGCAGUGCUACGGGAAGGGCAUUCCCGUGUCCAGGGAGGACGACGACGGCGGCGGCGGUGGCGAACAGGGCCAUCGUAAGACGCCUCUCCGCCAAUUCAUCUCCUCACCGGUGAACGGCAUCGUCACCGGCGGCGACUCCGGCGGCUUCGGCGGCGCGCCAUCUGUGCCGUCGGUGAGGAACACUCCGAGCAACCCAUCGUCGUCGUCUCCAAACCCUUGGCCCAGCCCCUUCCCGCACGGCUCUACAAGCCCCUGGCCCAGUCCAUUCCCUCACGGGGGCUCCUCCAGCCCCCUUCCCGCGGGCGUGUCGCCGUCUCCCGCAAGGUCGACGCCGCGGAGGAUCUUCCACUGGCCCUUCCCUCCUCCUUCUCCGGCGAAGCAUAUCAAGGCAUCGAUCGCCAGGAGGCAGGGUCGGCGAAAGCCCAAGGAUACCCCCAUCCCGGAGGACGGUGGCGGCGCCGGCGAUGCUGCCGACGAGGGGAACACAAAUGGUGCAGGAGAGCAGGAGCGGCCCUUGGACAAGAGCUUCGGUUACGCCAUGAAUUUCGGGGCAAAAUAUGAGCUGGGGAAGGAGGUUGGGCGGGGCCAUUUCGGCCAUACCUGCUCUGCAAGGGCCAAAAAGGGCGACAUCAAGGGCCAGCUUGUUGCGGUCAAGAUCAUCUCCAAAUCUAAGGUGCCAUCCCCAUUCGCUCCCGAAUCAAUAUAUCCCAUUUUCGUCUUUUUAGAUCUGUUUUCAUAGAACAGAAAAAAACAAAAAAACAAAAACUGGAAUUUAGAUUAUUGUGAACGAAGGGAAUACAAAGCCAGAAUAAUUCAUGUCUGCCCUCUGAAAAAAGAAAAUGUAGAAGAAUUAAAAUAUUGAAGUUAUUUUGCUCUGUGGACGGGAUUUCAGAACAUCAAGACCACCCUUGGCUAUGUCUCUGAAAUGCUGGUUCUUGGGGUCAUGGUUUAUGUACCUAGAUGCCAUGGACAGGCCCUAAUAUUCAAAUAAUUAGCCUGUUUUUAUUCGUCUCAGAAGAAUAAACAGUGAAGAAAGUCCAAAUUCCGUACGGCAACAUCGUGGAUUAGAUAAGCAGCCCAGCUGAAACAUGCUCCUUGUCUUAUGCAUUGCAGGACUUCCUUCGUUCUUUGAUGAAUUACAUGGUCAUCAUCUAAAAUGUAAAGGAGAAGGUAAAUUAGACGACCUCACAUGUGGAAUAUUGCUUAAAAUCGCAUUUUAGGGUUCCCGAUUCUGUUACCAAAUACCGCAUCUGUCUUCAAGAUGCUCACCUUACGGCUCUCUUAAAGUAAGAGAGAGAAUAUAUCUUAUGAGACGUGGAUAGCAUGACUGUUGGUGAUAUGGAUGAAACAAGAGUUUUAAAUGGGCAGAUAUUUAAUAUCUUGGUUGGGAAAAUUGGAUUAUGCUUUUCUUUUCAUUGAUGUUUCAAGCUCAGGAGCUUUAGUGGCUAUGAAAGGAGAAGUGCAAUGGCUCGCUGUAAUACGAUGGGAAAACAAUGAAGAGGUGGCAUCUGUUGGGACAAGGAAGAAAAUGUGCAGGCAAUGCUUGCCUGAAAAAAUUCACAGAGGGUAACAGUGGCCCAAGUAAAAAGCUGAUUACUAUCCAAAUAUUCCAGGGCUCCCUCCUAUCAUUGAUGAGGAUUACAGUUUUUGUCACUUUUUUUCAUAUGAGCUGAAGUUGACCUCGUGUAAUUUUGCGACACGGUCGGUAUAAGCCCACUUGAUUGUUUUGGUUCUUGAGUCAAGUUGGUCAACCUUAUGGUGGACUAGCUGAAGGAAGUGAGGGGUUGUGCCUGAUACUUUCCUUGGGGCUUUGCUUGGUCUCAGGCGUGAGUAUUUUGAUUCACACUUCGAACUAGAGUGUUCUAUGCGGGAAUUCAUGUAGUUCCAUAUCUCCCCUUCACUAAAUUCUUACUCAAAUAUAUUUCUUUCAGAAACAAGUCGCUGCGAAUGUGUUUGCACUAGCACAUGCUUACCGUGAAUUGGCGUAAUUGAGAUAAACCUUCACUUUGAUGUUUUGAAUUCUUAGGUAUCAAAACUGUGUCAGUCAGUGCCCCGGGUAACAUCUCCUCCUAUUAGGAAUGUACUGUAGGGGGCUCCUGCUCUAUGGCUUCGGAUUGAAAACAACGCGGGUUUUUUUAUACUCUUUCUAUAAAUCAUGCCAAUAUCUAAAAUUUCUGGUAGAUGUAGUUCGUAGACGUUUGAAUCAUCAAGAUAUUUAGGACUGACAUGUUCCGCAUUUAUGUUUAAUUAUCUUAAAUUUCCCGGGAUCUAAAUGUCGAAGCAAGUCCCCUACUCUUGGCUGUGAAAUUUCAGCAAAAAUGGACGUGGCGCUUGUUUUCUUUAUUUGUUGCACUGUCAAAUUCACAAGUAUAUUUGCUAUUUCAUCUUUUCCUUCAUCCUGCUCUUAGAAAUUUUGUUGGCAUUGAGAUUUUUCGGUAAGUUUCACAUGAAAUAUAGAUUAAUGAUUUCUUUUUAUAGAUAGCUAAUUUUAAUCGUACCUUUCAGAUGACAACUGCAAUAUCUAUUGAGGAUGUUCGUAGGGAGGUGAAAAUCCUGAAAGCUUUAUCUGGGCAUAGAAACCUGGUCAAGUUUUAUGAUGCAUGUGAGGAUGCACUUAACGUCUACAUAAUAAUGGAGUAUGUUGUGUCUUGUUCUUUCCCUGUUUGCAGUUUGUUUAAAUCUUAGGCAGCAUUGAUAAAUCUAGUGUGGUAGGACUUCAAAGUAAGGAAACUAGGCUGUAACAUUAAGAGCAACUUCAUGACUGCAUGCUAGGUUUUUUGGGUUCAAAAUUAUGUAAAUAUGCUAGUCUAGAAUAAUUCAUAAUUCUUUAUUUCAAUUCCUGUAGCCUCCUUUAUUCUGUGGGUUAUAACUUAACCAUACUUCUUUCGGUCCAAGACGUCUCUGGUGGGGCCUUGUUUAUUGCCCUUCUUGUUCUUUCUUCUGUAAAAUUGUGGGUAACGAUCGUAGUUUAGAUGAAUAUGCAAAUGCAUGCGGUCAUCUAUUUAUGUCAGACUUUUGGGCUCGGGCUCAUCUGUGUCCAGAAUGUCCAGAACUUGCUUGCCCUGGAGAUCACGGCUAGGUUUUAAAAGGGAAAAAAAUCACUACCUAGUUCGAUUUUGGUGGGACCGACUAGGUCGUCAAGCUCUGUAUUAAGUCUGCAUCAUUUCAGCUUUUGUAAAAUACACAGUGAGAUAGGGUACAGAAAACAUAAUUUCUCGAAACAUUAUUUACAUCUUUUGAAUCAUAUUCCAUUCAUUUUACGAUGUGUCUGAUGUGCAUAAGUAGCUACGAAUUAAUUCGUUUUCAUUAAUGAAUUGCCACUCUAAAUAUUGGUUUAUGGCAUCUUUCGUGUACGUGAGUGACAUGGUGACAGUUCGAUGGUGUUUAAUUAAUUUAUCGUUUUCUUCCUUUAUUAGGUUGUGUGAAGGUGGAGAAUUGUUGGAUAGAAUAUUAUCAAGGUACAUUAUUUUUUAUGAUCAUUCGCUGAUAUAAUUUUGGAUGGAUUUCGACAUGUCUACCCAUGCAAAUGGUGGUUACAUAAAUAUGAUAAGAGUUGUUGUAUGGUGAUAAUACAGAGGUGGACGAUAUUCAGAGGAAGAUGCAAAAACGAUUGUCGUGCAGAUUCUGAAUGUAGUUUCUUUCUGUCACCUCCAGGGUGUUGUUCAUCGUGAUUUAAAGCCCGAGGUUUGUCUUGUUGAGAUUGUUGCUAUAAACGGUCCUUUGCAUGUAAAAUUCACCUUGUUCUUUUGAAUUCUUGAUUAUCCUUUAGAGCUGAAACUCUUUCAUUUGGCUGCUCGGCAGAAUUUUCUGUUCACUAGCAGAGAGGAAAAUGCUCCAAUGAAGCUAAUUGAUUUCGGGCUUUCUGAUUUUAUCAGGCCAGGUAAUUAUUUCUAAGGUGCAAAUCAAUAAUUAUGAUGGUUGUGACGAUCCCGCCGAAUUUCCAUCCAACGCAGCAGCUUUUUGUUGCUUUAUUGAAUGGCCUAAAAAUGGUUACAAUGAGUUCAGAGUUUAACCUUUAUCCCUCAUUCUCAUUAGGAUAUAUUGGCUUUGCGGUAAAUCAAUGCUACGAACUCAGUGCAUAUAAGUAUCCUUGUUGAUUUUUGAUCCAUAAAUCCUUAUCAGAGAUCAACAUUUUAUUCAUUCAUUUCUUUUGAAAUGGUUGUGAAGUAGCUGUCCAUAUGUGGAUGGGCAGACAUAUACUAAAAAAUAAACAGACACCAGAUUUACCGACAUUCAGAUCAGAAUUACUGGAGCACAACAUCUUAGAAUACGCAUAAAACAUGUUUCUGUAGUAUGGAGACAACGGUACCUUGAUUGAUAUAGAAGCCACAAUCUUUAACUUUACCUUGAACCUAAUGUAACUAGGAUAAAGAUUUCUUGUAAUGACAUGGCACCAAGAAAGACAAGGAGAAAUCACGGAUGAUUAACUACGUCAGCAUGAGCAUAAAAUCUUUAUAUUUUCUGAUUUCGCCUAGACUGCACUAUGUUCAGAGAGUCUCAAAAGCUUUUGCUCCAUUUGAGCACGCUUCCUUUUCAGAUCUUUCAGUUUGAUAUUGCAGAAAUUUGAAAUAUUGGAUCGAAAAAAUUCCAAGUGCAGAGUAGCUUGAUUGACCUAAGGGAGAUCAUUCCACUGUGAAGAAGACCUUAGUGUACAUAUCUCUAUGUCUUGUGUAAAACUUCAUAUUGUAAAACUCUUGGAUCCCGGAUUGCAUCUAGCACAAGUCUAAUGCUUGUUCCUUCAAGUUGGGUAGACUAAAUAGAUCAACCUCGAAGACUUUAUUGAAUCUUCGCACCACCUUUAACAGGAGCCUUGCAAGUCGGUGUAACAGCCAUGGCAUCAUGGUUGCCUGAUGCAUGGUCUCUUUGGGCACUGGCGUCAUGUACCUGACCCGAACUGCACGGACUUAAUUGUCUGGGAGGGAUUCUUCUGGGGAGCUGUUAUUGUUUAUAGUCUGAACGGUAACGAGUUCGUGCUUUUGCCUAUGGUAGAUUAUUUUCUGAUGGUUUUGAUAUUUUCUGGAGUAAUUAUAGGUUAAUAUUUAAAAACAACCAUGGAGGCAUGUUAAUGAGCCAGGAUACUGCUUGUUUGGCUCAUCUAGUCCAAUUCUCAGACAGGAUUUAGGCUUGGCAACGUUGGAGAACCUUAAAAUAUGAUAAGAAAGUUUAAUAGUAUUAAAUUUUACCAACUUUUUUCUUAGGCGGGCAAAUGGGCCAAAGUCUGCUGAAUAGGUUAGUCACGGUCUUCGGUCUCUGCUAGUUGGUAAUCAUAUAUUCUCGGUGGAAAACUUGGGCAGAACGAAAAACGAAUCCUUUUUCAGGCUACGUUUAUCUUCAAGAACACCCAGUUUGUGAUGAGCUCAUGAAUAGCAUGAUGUAGCUUCCAUUUUUGUUUCUUAAUGAUCAUUGAGGUCCUUAUGUACACAUGGAAAGGCAGAGUUUUUUGCACAGUUUUCGGCCAAUAUGUAAAAUUCUUACUUGCAUUUUUUUCGUGUGCCAUCGAACUUUAUGAAGUGCUGACUGCUCUAUCUUCUUGAAUUUAAUGCCCCAUCCUAGGCAGAAUCAUGUUCAGUGAGUGGAGUAGACCACAGACCCAUCUUUGUAAUCUCAUGUUUGCUUUUGCUGUAACCUAGACUGGACUAUUCUAUUAUUUGUAGUAACAUUGCCUUUAAUCUCAUAUCCAUUAGCAUCUUUUUUUUGCUUAUUAACAUUGGUUGAAGUAGAUGCAAGUGGGAGAAAAAAAUAAAAACCUGAUUCCUGGUUUUCUCUGCAGAUGAAAGACUGAAUGAUGUUGUUGGGAGUGCGUACUAUGUCGCACCUGAAGUCCUCCACAGAUCAUACAGCAUGGAAGCAGAUGUUUGGAGUAUUGGCGUUAUAACUUAUAUCUUAUUAUGCGGAAGUAGACCAUUUUGGGCUCGAACAGAAUCAGGAAUCUUCCGUGCUGUGUUAAGAGCUGAUCCAAAUUUUGACGAUUCUCCUUGGCCAUCAGUAUCUUCAGAAGCCAGAGAUUUUGUAAAAAGACUACUAAAUAAGGACUACAGGAAAAGAAUGACUGCAGCACAAGCGCUAAGUAUGAUACUUAACUAUAUAUUUCAGUUCUAACUCUUUUGAAGUGUUUCUUUGCUAUCGGCGCAUACAUGAAAAUUAGUCAAAUGUGUUGGGUAGUCAUCCAGUCAAACCUUAUUAGAUUAGUCUUGUUGUUCCAAAGAAAGUCUUCCAGGAACUUUGGAAAAAAAUUCUCUACCUCAGAAAUGCCUUCCUCGUCGUUGUAGACUUUGUUCUGGGACGAGUUUUACAAUCAACCUUCCAUUGUCGAAGUAAACCGUUCGAGCUCAUGUUUUCCCUGUAGCUGGAGAGGUUUUCUGUGAAGCAGAAAAAAGCUUGAUAUGCGGCAAAUUAAUUAGCCAUCAUCAUAGAUGGAACAAAGAUUAUUGGUGUAUGUUAUCGUGCUUGCAGCUUUUUUUCAUGCUCAAGGUUGCGUGUUGUGCAGCUCAUCCAUGGCUACGCAAUGAACAACAGCCUGUGCCUUUGGAUAUACUAACCUACAAGUUGGUCAAAUCAUACCUUCGUGCUACGCCUUUCAAGCGUGCUGCAUUAAAGGUUCGUCGGCCCUCCUCUAUUUUUUCUCCUUUCAGGAUUUUAAACGCGUAGCUUUUUCUUUGCUUAUUUAAUAUUAUUUUAAUGAACUCAUUGAAUUGGUAGUUUGGUUGUUUUUUGCAAUAAUGAAAAAUGGGUCUCUGUCUGAUCUUUAUCCAAAUUCUGCAACAAAUGGCUGUAAUGAACGACAGAGGCAUAUUUCAGUUACUAUUCUUGAAAAAACUGUGACCAUUCCGCAGCCUAAAAAUCUCGAUAAACCCGAAGGAUCAGAUUAGAAGGUUGACUUUUCGAGAAAAACAACUUCUCACGCUUCCAUUUCUUCAGGUGCCGUGGAUUCAUAUGGAUCUAACGAAAGUGGUUUUAGUCAAACUUAGAAACCUUAUCUAAUGAAAUAGUUCCAAUGAAAACAGUCGAUGCCCAGUCCAGUGCUUGGUCCCUUUUCCGAGAUUUGGCUCAAUUUAUAUACUGAUUUGCACUAAAUCUCUGGAUAAGCUUGUAAAUCUUGUUAUCAUUGCAUCCUCUCCAGGCUCUGUCGAAAGCUCUGACUGAGGACGAGCUCGUAUACCUCAGAUCUCAAUUUGACUUGUUAGAACCAAGCUAUGAAGGGUGGGUUUCCCUUGAAAACUUCCAGAAGGUUAGUUCUUGACUAUCUUCCUCUUGCUCAUCUCUCCAUGCAUCUCGCAGUAGGAUACAGAGGUUUUGGAAUAGUGAUGGCCGCAUGGGAGUUCGCUUGCCCGAUUUGCCUAUAUAAUUUUCCAUUUGUGGUAAAAUAUUCGCAGGCUCUCCUGCAAAAUGCGACCAAUGCAAUGAAGGAGUCCAAGGUCGCCGACAUUCUGAAUUCGGUAAGGCUCUUGAACGAUUUUGGAGAUCUUCUUCGUUUGUUUCCUUCUCUUUUCUGCCCUUUUCGUUGACUUUACCGCAUUAGUGCGGUAUAAUUGUUAGGCUUGGAUCAGAGACACCCAGAUCAAUCCGUAGUCUGACCUUCAGCCCAAUCCAUGGGUGUUCUUUUAAUGACCUUCAAUCCAAUGCGUAUUCUUCUGGCCCAGACGCAAACAAGCAUCCUUGCUAUUAUUUUACGGCGACCAUCUUCCAUUCCUGUGUAAAUUCUUCUCUUUUCCGCCCUUUUCACUGGGUUUGUGACAUUAAUGCAGUCUGGUUAUUAGGCUUGAAUCAGUUACCCAGAUGUGGAGGCAUGCAUGGUUUGCUUGACCUUCAACCUAAUCGAAUGCGUUCAAUUCCAAACGUUUUUCCGUAAAAAAUGUGACGAUAAUCGAUUAAAGAAGAAAGUUUUCUUCUUUUGGCCCUGAUGUGAUCAAACAACGUGAUGGGUCUUGCCCAGAACGUACUUCUUCUAGUCCUUUUUGAUAUUUUAUGCCGAACAUCCCCACAUUCCUGUGUAGAUUCCGCAGAACUGAGCCUCUGCUUGAACACUCGCAGUUGGACAAGCUCAAGUACAGAAAGAUGGGGUUCCCUGAGUUCUGCGCGGCGGCGAUCAGCCCUUAUCAGCUGGAAGCCCUGGAGUACUGGGAACAGAUCGCCAGCACAGCCUUCCAGCACUUUGAGGAAGAGGGUAACCGGGCGAUCACCGUGGAUGAACUGGCACAGGUAAGAGAGAGAGAGAGAGAAAGAGAGGAGUCCUUUGUUUUGGGGCUGGGAAAUCCAAUUGACGUGAUCUAUUGCAGGAGUUGAACCUCUCUUGGACGUCCCACGCCGCCCUCAGGGACUGGAUCAGGCAGUCCGAUGGGAAGCUCAGCUUCUUGGGCUACACCAAGUUUUUGCACGGUGUGACCGUCCGGAGCGCCGCCAGGCACCGAUGA